GCUCUAAUUGGAAGCAAUUUUAGUGAACAACACGUGCAAAAAUAAAAAGCUAUUUUUCUACAUUAUUAAGUCAUUUAAAACAUAAUGAGUACCAAUAAUGCAAAAAUCAAAUAUAUAAUUGCAGAUACAACUGCUUUCAUCAAUGCUGUACCACUGAACGAAUAUGCUGAAAAUGUGCUCACCGUGCCAGAGGUGGUGGCUGAGGUGCGCAACAAGAGGCAAAUCCGCCGUCUCUGUGUGCUGCCAUUUGAUCUGCAGGUGCGCGAACCGCGUCCAGAAAGUGUAAAGUAUUGCGUGGAGUUUGCCAAGAAGACGGGCGACUAUGCGAGCUUAUCUGGCAUCGAUUUGAAAGUAAUUGCUCUCACAUAUGAACUGGAGGCGGAUAUGUUAGGUACGGAGCAUCUGCGGAGCGAACCAGUCGUAUCACAAGUGAUAGCCUCGAAGGAGAAACCUGAGGAAAUGCAGGAUGUCAACAAUAAGCGAUUGGUUGGCUGGUACAUGCCCGAAGGCAACGAAGACGAAGAGGAAGAUGACAGUGACAGUGAGGAAGAAUGCGAUAACGGAGAAGAUGAAGCUGAUAUUGAAUCAAAGUUAGAUAAAGGCAGUGACAAUGUGGAUCAUAUAAAGGCAGCCAUAGAAGCGCAGCUGAGAGGAGAGCACGUACAGAAACCAACAGAUGCAGAUGCUGAAAAGGAUGCUUCUGUCGACUAUGAUGAUGACGAAGAUGAUUUGACUCAGGAGGAACUAGAUAAGUUAUUUGAGAAACUUAAAUGUUCUCCAUCUGUAGAUGAGGAGCAAGCUACAGCGGAUAUAUUGGUUGCACUGCCUACAACGAAAGCCGAAUCCGAUGAUGAGCAUGAAUCACAACAUCAAAACAAUGUCAAUGUCAAUGACGAUGACGAGGUUGGUGACGAUGGCUGGAUAACACACUCAAACAUCAAAAAGGCCAAAAAGGCGCUGGAGGGCAAAGUGGAGACAGACCUGAUUCCGCCAGUGGCAUGUAUGACAACAGAUUAUGCGCUGCAGAAUGUGCUCAAGCAGCUGAAUCUUCAACUAGCCGCACUCAAUGGACGCAUUAUUAAACAGUUGCGCACCUACAUAUUGCGUUGUUAUGCUUGCUUUAGGACGACAAGCAUUAUGACCAAGGUCUUCUGUCCCAAUUGCGGCAAUAAAACGCUUAAGCGUGUGGCGGUCAGCCUGGAUGAGAACGGCAAACAAGUGAUACAUAUAAACACACGACGCCCCCUGACGUCCAAGUAUAAGAACCAAAGCCUGCCACGCUUCCAUGGCGGCAAGCAUUCGCGCAAUCCCAUACUGUUUGAGGAUCAGCCAAUGCCUCGACAGAUGCCCUCACGCGUUGCCAAAACAAAGACAAAUGCCCUUAAUGAUGAUUACAUUGCCGGCUUCUCGCCUUUUGUGAUGCGUGAUGUGGACUCGAAAUCGGCAAUGCUCCGUUCCAAGGGCAACUUGAAGGAGUGGGCACGCAACAACAACUUUGAGGAGGAUCGCAGACGCAAAAAUUACAAUCGCUUGUAUAAAUAAUGAAUAGCAUGUUACGUUUAUUAUUAUUCUGAUGAAUAAAACGUUAACUGCAAUAUCAAGUCU